AUGGCACUGGGCAGGGCACAGUCGGAUGAAGCUCUGCUACGUGUGCUGCAAAGUGGAGCGUACUCCGACCUGACUAUCAAGUGCGGGAGCUUCGAGGCGAAAGUCCACAAAGUGAUAGUGUGCACCCGCUCCGCAUACUUCGCAGCGGCCUGUAAACCCGGAGGUUUCGCAGAGGGCCAGACCGGUACGGUGGUCCUCAAAGCUGCCAGGGAUGACAACGACAUUGGAGCGGACGACCCGGAAGCAGUGAAGCUCAUGAUCGACUUCUUGUACAAGCACGAUUACACCGCUACGCGGGUCGUAGUAACUGAAGACGAGGCUCAUAUAACCGCCUACGCCAAGGAGUCGCAGACCGCAGGAUCUUUCUUCCCAGCUUUUCACGGUCUAAGCGGCUCACAAUGGCCAUCCAAACACAAUGAUAAGGUGACGCCUACUGGGGAUUGCAAUACCGUCAUGCACGCCAAAAUGUACGCUCUUGGCUCCAAGUACGGCAUUCACUCUCUCCAAGAUGCUGCCCUCGGCAAAUUCAUGAAAGCUGCGACAUAUGCUUGGAACAGCGAGGCAUUCGUCGUGGCAUUAAGGUUAGUCUACACGACCACGCCAGAGAACGACAAGGGUCUCCGCAACGUUGCAACACAGACAUUACUCCGGCAUGAAGAUGUGCUGUUACGCAAGGGAUCUAUGGAGAAGUGCAUGCGCAGCAUCGACGGUCUGGCGUACGACCUUCUGAAGGCGAAGCAAACAAUGAAGCCGGACACCAACGGACCCUGCUGCAACACAUGCGGCACCGCGAAUGUGAAGCUUUGCUGUAACUGCCAUGAACAGUCCGUAAGCUGCAACUGCGACCCAGCACCGCCGGUAGGGCCUUUCCGCUUCGAUGGCGUGAGCAGGUGGUGGUGCAGACGGUGUCGACCGUCUUUUGGGCUUUGA